AUGGUUGUACCCCUCAACGCCGCCGCGCCCGACGGCCCUUCUUCCGCUGCAUCCACCUCCGCCAGCCGCGUGAACAGCGGAGCCGCGACACCGCUUCGCGAAAUUGACGAGGGGGAGGUCGACCAAAUCGAGAGCGACGAGGAGGAUGCGGCGGUCACGAGCGGUGGGGCUGUCGCAGGUCCUGGUCCGUCCUCACUCGCGCACAGCCAACUCGCCAAGGGCGUCAAAAGGGCGGCCAGCGGGUCGCCUGCGCCGUCAACGAAGAAGCGCCGCCCGAGGACUUCCGGCGCGUCAGGACUCAGGACCUAUGUUCCUCCCCCUCUCCCUCACUACGACGUCGUCCGCUCAGAGUCCAACUCCAAGAAGAACCCGCAUGUCAUCAAGAUUCACGACGACGUCACGGACGGGAGCGAGUCGAGGUGGCCACCUGAGGGGGAACGCCAGCAAGGUCACAAGGUCAACAACAGGCUAUCGUGGUACGAGUGCCAGGACAGGAAAAUUGGGAGGCAUCAAACGCUCAGGGAGAAGCUCGGUGAAGAAUUAGCCAAGAGUAUGGGCCUCACGAACGAAGGCGCGAAGCAAGAGUACUGGGUCAUCGACAACCUUCCGAAGGGUUACCUCUUCGCAGUGCACCACUGCGUCACGGGUUCGGGCGACCCUCGAACGGAUGUCUACAUCUUCGGUUCGGCCGCCACGAACAAGUUCCGCACCGCCAACGAGCUUGCCCCUCACCUGCACUGGCUGCUCCUGCACGGCCCGGACGAUGAUCUCCUCUGCGCCUGCAAGUACUGUUCGAAGACGAAGCAAGGCGACGUCAACCGCGUCCUCGGCCUCAACAUCCGUUCGUCUUCAGUCGCUUCCACUUCCGCCGGCGUCGCUUCGCCGUCCGUCAAGCGCAAAACGGCGGGCAGCAAAGCUUCGUCGGCUUCGACCGGCGUCCAGGCCAAGGUCGCGGCAUUCAGGUCGCCUGGAGGCGAGAAGCUGCUCGGCGACGUGACGUUCAGGAAGAAGCUCAAGGACGGCACGACUGUCGAGAAAAAGAAGCGCCGCUCGACGUCAGCCGAGGCAGGCGAGAGUUCUCCUCCGCCCACGUACAAAGGCGCCUACACGUCCCGCUCGCGCGACUCGGACCUCGCCUACCUCACCGCUCCACGCCAAGCCGAUCUCGUCUAUGCCGAGCUGCCGAAGCCGUUCCUUUCCGACGACCCCGAAUGGGCGGGCGCGCAGAUCACGCAUUGGCCAGCUGUUGUCAUGUCGAGGGUGCCGUACACCGUCGCCAAGGUCGUCGACUCCGAGCCGAAGACGAGCGGGAAGAAGAAGCAGGAGAUGACUCAGGAAGAGGAGGACCUGGAGGAUGGCGAGAUCAAGGCGGAGGAGAAGUCGCCCGGUCCGGAUCCGGAGCUCAAGUCGCUUGGAACGGCGCCGAAACUCGAGGCGAAGCAAGAGUGGCGCUACAACGUCCGUCUCCUAGCCGUCAAGGACGAGCUCCGCCUGCUCCGCGAGGACCAGCUUCGUCCCUGGCUCGGCAACCCUCCUCCGUCCGGCCUCUGGACGCCCGAGCGGAUGUGCAACCCGGACGCCGUCAAGCACGUCUGGGACGGCAAGAAGACGCACAGGGACUGCGGGCUGAUGAAGGACGUCAAGAGCUUGCAGGAGGCGGUCACGGCGAUGGCGCUCGCUUUGCAGAUUGCCGCUCAUCUCGUCGGCGCCUUCUCGUUCAACGACCGCUACGAGAUCACCGACGCGCACUUCGACCUCGCUACGUCCGAGCCGCUCGACCCCGGCCUCGCCGCCGUCAAAGCCCAGCAGCGCAAGUCCUGGGCCUUCCAGUCGCUGCACUGGGGCGCCGAGUUGAUCUGGACGGGCGACUUCAUUCGCCUCAUCUACCCGUUCGGUGGGCACGAAGACUCGACGCCCAUCAAGCCGACCGACCCGGACCAUCGCGCCCUCUUCAUGAAGGUCCUCGCCAUCUACAAGACGAACGACACGGUCGACGAUGUCGAGCGCGGGACGGGUAUGAUUGGCGGCGAGAUCUGGGAGCUUAGGGAUUUCGCGGCAGCGGAAGGCGCGACGAAUGGGGCUACGAGCGAAGCUGGGCCGAGUGGGCGUAACGGCGUGGCUAGCGCUUCGAUGAACGGCUCGGCGGGCCCGUCGACUGCGGCGAACGGCGUUGACGGCAUCUCGCCCACCGUCCUCAACGGCAAGGAUAAAUCAGCUUCGCCGACCCCGACUGCUGACGACAAGCUUCCGCCUGCGCCGGCUGGCAUGUACUGGCACCGUCUCACCGCACCCUCGACCGGCGUUCACGUCACGCUUGACUACCUCGCGGGCCGCUACCACCCGCUCCCGAAAUCGCUCAACACGCAGCAGAAGAUCAAGGAGGCGCUCGCUACUCUCGACGCGAUGGACGAGGCUGCACAGACGAGCGCGAUGCAGGACGGCUCGGAGCCGGCGCAGACGGUCGACGUCGCUCUUCCGUUCGAGCAAAGGAUGAUGCUGCUCGCUGGGCUCAGGCCGGCUCAGCGUCUCUACAUGAAGUGCGGAGCGUACAAGGGCACUCGCCAUACCGCCAUCGUUGAGGCUGAGCGCAACGCUUCGAACGAGGUCGAGCAGUACUUCGCGAUGGCGCACAACGGCGACAACGCCAGCAUGGAGGACGACUCCGCUUGA